AUGACUUCAGUAGAAUCUGAUAUAAUCGUGGCAUCUCACAGCAAGAAAUCCAAAAAGUCCAAGUCGAAGACCGAGGAUGCCACUACCAAUGCUGAAGAUACCGUUAUGACCAACGAGGAUACUCAGGAACUAUCCAAGAAAGACAAGAAGAAGCGCAAAAAGUCCAGUGAUACAUCUCCGGAGGAGGAUACCAAUAUCGACAAGGCGGAGCGCAAACGACGAAAGAGAGAGGCUGGUGCCGAUCCUGUACCAGCGGCGGAGGAGAACACAAUUGUGGAGCCAGCUAAGGAGUCUAAAGAAGAGCGCAAGAAGAGGAAAGCGGAGAAACGAGCGCAACGCGAGGCUCUUGCCCAAUCUAGCUCUCAGAAUCCUACUCCUGUGGUGGAUGCGCCUCUGCCGACCCCUCCACCUACUGCUUCGGUUUCAGGCUCUUCUACCCCAACUUCCUCCGAGGUCUCCGCUUAUCUUGCCAAGAACAACAUUACUAUACAGUCCCCAUCUGGGGAGGUGGUUCCAAUUCUCAAGUUCUCUCAGCUUGCGUCCUUUGGGGUAGAUGACCGAUUAAUAAAAGCGACGGACAAAUUCAAGGAGCCAUCCUUUAUUCAGGCGUGCUCUUGGCCGGCUUCACUGAGGGGUAAUGAUGUCGUAGGAAUCGCCGAGACGGGAAGUGGUAAAACCCUGGCUUUCGGUCUCCCUGCAUUACAACACAUACUCUCAUCUUCCGCAGCUCCUGCAGAGCAGGGCUCCAAAAAGUCGAAAAAGUCGAAAAAGCAGUCUGGGACGACCGAGGUCACAGUACUGGUCGUUGCACCAACUCGCGAACUUGCUAUUCAAACUCAACAGACCUUACAUGAGUUGGGCACACCUUUUGGGAUAGGCAGUGUAUGUCUAUACGGUGGUGAACCUAAAGAUGGACAGCGUAAAGCCCUAUUGUCUCAAAAUGGCGAUGGGCGGACAACUCGUAUAGUGGUUGGAACACCCGGACGUCUAAAGGAUUUUGUUGAGGAAGGAGUAUGUGAUCUCAGCCGGGUAACCUACCUCGUGCUAGAUGAAGCAGACCGCAUGUUAGAUAAAGGGUUUGAGAAUGAUAUUCGAUCUAUUAUCGAGAAGACAGCGCCCAUGGAGAAGCGGCAGACGUUGAUGUUCAGUGCUACUUGGCCCGAAUCUGUACGACGCCUGGCAAGCACGUUCCAGAGAGAUCCUGUCCGUGUGACUGUUGGGAAAGAUGAGCUCCAGGCCAACAGUCGUGUCGAACAAGUUGUCGAGGUCUUCGACGAUGUGCGCGAAAAAGAUCGCCGGUUGAUUCAGCGGCUCAAAGAGCUCGGACACAAACCAAACGCCUCCAGCCCUGACAGAGUGUUGAUUUUUGCAUUAUACAAGAAAGAAUGCGACCGCGUUACUCAGUCGCUUGGGUCGAGAGGGUUCUACGCUCUGUCCAUUCAUGGCGAUCUAAGCCAGUCACAACGCAUGAAGGCGCUUGAAGAUUUCAAGACCGCAAAAACGACACUAUUAGUGGCCACUGACGUAGCGGCAAGAGGAUUGGAUAUUCCGGAGGUCAAAGCAGUGAUCAACUACACGUUUCCGCUGACAGUUGAGGAGUAUAUUCAUCGGAUUGGAAGAACGGGGCGCGGAGGAAAGAGUGGCAAAAGCGUCACAUUCUUCACCGGUGCUGACCAUGAACGUGCUCUUGCUGGCGAGUUUGCACGAGUUUUGAAAGACAACGGCUUUGACGCCGACCCCCUAAAGAAGUUCCCGAUGACCAUCAAAAAGAAAACACAUGGCGCUUACGGCGCAUUCUUCAGAGAUGACAUUCCUGCCGACGCAGCUCCCAAAAAGAUCAAAUUUUAA